AUGGCAGAAGCAGUUCUUGUUGGCGCUGGCGGACGCCAGGUCACUGUCCCCACCGGCCUUUUCAUCGACAACAGCUUUUCCCCGGCCACGCGCGGCGAGACGAUAGACUUGGAAAAUCCAGCCACCGGCAAGUUUCUCGCAAAGGUAGCCGCGGCCCAGGUCGAGGACGUAGAUCGUGCGGUGUCCUCUUCUGCGGAUGCCUUCAAGUCCACAUGGCGCUUCGUCACGCCUGACAAGUCGCGAUCGCUCCUCAACAAGCUGGCCGACCUCCUUGAGCGCGAUGCCGAGGACUUGGCGUCGAUCGAGGCACUUGAUGCCGGCAUGUUAUACCGUGGGUCACUGACCAUGAGUAUACCGCAAGCCGCCGAGACCUGCCGCUACUAUGCCGGGUGGGUUGGCAAGCUUGAAGGUCGAUCCAUGAGUAUUGCCGAGGGUAUGGCAUAUACACGGCGGGAACCCAUUGGCGUCUGCGCUGCCAUUGUGCCCUGGAACGCUCCUCUCAUGAUCACAAUGUGGAAGCUGGCCCCGGCUAUAGCAGCGGGCAACACAGUCAUCGUCAAGACCCCCGAAAUCGCCCCCCUAUAUGCUCAGAAGCUCGCACAGCUCAUCAGAGAGGCGGGGUUUCCCCCGGGCGUCGUCAACAUAGUCUGCGGUCUUGGUCAAGUGGCCGGCCAAGCCCAGGCCACAUGUUGCUCGGCGCGAACCAAUUUGAAGAAAGUCACCGUGGAGCUUGGGGGCAAAGGUCCUAGCAUUGUGUUUGCCGAUGCAUCCUGGGAAAACGCGCUGCUUCAUACAACGAUGGGCAUCACGGUCCACAACGGGCAAAUAUGCGCCGCUGGGAGCCGCAUUUACGUGCAAGACGAAAUCUAUGAUCGAUACGUCGCGGAAUUCUCGGCCCGCACCAAGGACUCGGUCGCUGGAGACCCCUUGCUGGACAGCACCACCAAGGGUCCCUUGGUCAGCGCCGGCCAGAAAUCGCGAGUCACGGGCUACAUCCAGACGGCAUUGCAGGAGGGAAAUAAGCUACUUCAUGGCGCCGACUCAUAUUCAAUCCCUUCUGGAGGACAUUUUGUUUCAAACACGGCUUUCGUGGAUGUGCCUCCCGUUGCUACCAUCAUGCGCGAAGAGGUCUUUGGUCCAGUGGCCAGCAUUGCCAGGUUCAAGACUGAGGAAGAAGUUGUUGGUCUGGCAAACGACACAAACUACGGGCUGUCUGCGGCGGUCUUCACAGAUGACAUCAACAAGGCAAUGCGCGUGAGCGACGCCAUCGAAUGCGGCCAGGUGACUGUGAACAUGUGGGGAACGAUCAAUUCGAAUACCCCCUUUGGAGGCUUCAAGGAGAGUGGGUUCGGUCGGGACCUGGGCCAAGAGGCGCUGGAGGAAUGGACUCAAGUCAAGUGCGUCAAGUUCAGCAUUGUACAUAAGCUCUGA